GUUUGUUUACAAGAUCAUUCUUUUAAAACAACUUUCGUUUUUUAAUAAUUUGCUUGUUUGGAGUUCUUGAUUUUCAACUUGAUCAUGGACGAUGGACUUUUAAUUGAGCAGGUUGAAAAGUUCAGACAUAUUUACGAUAAAAGAAGUAGUUUGUUCAAGAACAAAUUAGCAAGGGAAAAUGCCUGGAAAACCAUUGGGCAUAUCUUGGAAUGUGAUGCUGAACAGUGUGAGCAAAGGUGGAAUGUCUUGCGGAAUAAAUAUGCUGCUCUAAAGCGACAAAAACCCCCAUCUGGUUCCCAAGCAUCUACUGUAUCUUGGCCAUAUUUUGAUGCCAUGAAAUUUCUGGACCCAUUCACCCUAACCAGGGUCAGAAGGAUAUCUUCAUUGAAACAGUCCUCCCAAAGUUCAUCAUCCACCCAGAGUUCAUCCCAGAGUGAUCUAUGGCCAGGGAUGUAUGAAAUGACUCAGCCAGACAUUGUAGUGGAGGAAUUAGAUGGGUCACAAAUUGUUGAUGCUCCUGAAGAGGAAUUAGAGAACAUUGCUCCAAGUUCCCCAGCACCCAAUGUCAUAUUCCAAACACCCACAAUAAAAAGAAAAUAUCCAGAAGAAGGAAAAUCCUUGAAAAAGAAGAAUGAUCCUGUUGCUGAAUCAAUGUCAAUGGCAUUCAAUUCUUUGUCGGAUUCAUUAAAUAGUUAUGUAAGUAUCAAAAAUCAACUAAAGGACAUAGAUCCUUCUGAUAAAUUGUUUGGAGAAAGCAUUGCUGCAGAUUUGUCAAGAAUUAAAAGAAUGAGUGAGAAAAUGUUUGUAAAACAACAAAUUUAUAGUUUUUUACAUGAAUAUUUUAAUAGGGUAGAAAGAGAUUGAAAAAAUAUCAAGUAUUAAUGUUAUGAUUGUGUUAUU